AUGGCUAAACUUUCUGAAGACGGUGCUGAGAAGAGUGAGAUUCGUGCUGAGUUUGAUGCUGCUUUUGGUUUUCCUAAUGAGUUUCCUUACGAGAUUGACUCGGUUGAAACUGAAAACAGUGACGAGGAGGAUUUCUUUGCUGGGUUGACUCGUCGACUGAGUCAAGCCUCGCUAAAUGAAACUCGGAAGGAGCAACUCACUGUUCAGAAACCUGAGGAGAAGAUUCGAGUUAUGGCUGGUUCGCCGCAGUCGACGCUAGCCAGAAUCGGAAGCUGGUCCGGUCGAAGCGGUGGUUCGAGCGACGGAAGUCCGAAUGGUUCAACUCGUGUUCCGUCGCCAACGACUGUACCGUUUUCCGCUGAGAACGAUGCUUGGGAUGUGUUGUACGCUGCUGCGGGUGAGGUCGCUAGGUUGAAGAUGAGCGUUGAAGCUUCGUUGGUGGAGAUUCAGAACAAAAGAGGAGUACUCGGUGGCCUUCCACCACCUGUUGCGGCGGAGAAUCGUGCCGCGGCGUUUUUCUCAAACCCUAAUCCUUCGCUUGCUCAAUACAAUCAAGUGAAGCAACAGUGUGAUUCUGUUUGGGGAAGACAAGCCCAGGCCCAGGCCCAGGCUCAAGCCCACGCCCUUGCACAAGCGAAAGCAACUAGCUGGUCGACUCAGGUUCUGAACAGAGGCUAUGAUUAUGAGGGGGUGAAAUGCACGCGCCCUAUGCCUCGUUCGAUUUGGCAUUCUCCUAUUCAAGCUAAGCACCAAAAUAAUCCGGUUCUUUUUAACGGAUCCGGGUCUCGACCCGUUUCUCAAAUUGGAUCUGGUGUUAAAAAAGCAUGUGGUGGAACAGGGGUGUUCUUACCUCGUCAAUAUGUGGCCCCUCUUCCGGAAUCUCGCAACAAAACAAAUUGUGCUUCUGUUUUGGUCCCAACAAGGGUGAUUCAUGCUUUAAACAUGAACAUUGAUGAUUAUAAUGGUGGGAGACAACCUCGUUUCUCGAACGAUUUCGGCGUGGAUUAUGAAUCAUUGUUGGCAAGGAAAAACGCUCUUCUUAUACAGCAGAGAUUAAGGAUGCAACGUGAAGAGGCAGCAAGCUACGAAGCUCGUCUUCCUCAGGAAUGGACUUAUUGA